AUGAAUAUUUUAUACUAUAUUCUCUCAUUGCUAUCACUAGCAUCUGCUUCUACAGUGGUUGACUUGGGAUAUGCUAGCUAUAAAGGCCAGACACUGUCCAACGGAGUCACACAGUGGCUGGGUAUCCGCUAUGCUGCUCCCCCUGUAGGGGAUUUGCGGUUUGCAGCCCCAGAAGAUCCUUUGGAUAUGGAGGGGAUUCAACAAGCAAAUGAGUUUGGUGGCAAUCCCAAGCAUGUGGUCAUUGGUGGUGAUAGUGCAGGUGGUACUUCGGUGGCUCUCAUGCUAUCAGCAUAUGGUGGCAAAGACGAGAAGCUUUUUGUUGCAGCAGCCUCAGAGUCACAAAGUUUUGGCACGAUGCUUAAUGUCUCCGAGAGUCAAUUUGCAUACGACGAGCUGGUGACUGCAACUGCAUGUGACAGUAGCAAAGAUACACUGGCAUGUCUACGCGAACUAGAUGUCCAUUCUUUGCAGGCGAAGAACAUCAACAGACCCUACCCAGGAGCAAAGGGAAAGCCGCUGUUCCUAUAUGGUCCCACAAUUGACGAAGAUUUGGUGCCAGACUACACAUACCGUCUCUUCAAUGAAGGCAAAUUCAUCAAAGUACCAGUGAUAUUUGGUGACGACACCAAUGAAGGCACAACAUUCGUCCCCAAAAAGGUUUCCAGCGUCGCCGAGGCAGAUACUUUCAUCAAAAAGCAGUUCCCAUAUAUGACGCAAUCUCAAAUGACCAGGAUCAACAGUAUGUAUCUUACUGCAAAUCAGACAGAGACAUUCCCUGGAGCUGGACCCUACUGGCGGCCUGCAAGCAAGGCCUACGGCGAGAUACGCUACAUUUGCCCCGGUAUUAAGAUGUCUUCUAUCUACGCUGACGCAGGUGUUCCAAGCUGGAACUACCAUUACGCAGUGCAAGACCCCGCCAAAGAGGCUUCUGGGAUGGGCACAGAUCACACGGUUGAAGUGCAUGCGAUCUGGGGUCCAGAGAAUACUGGCCAAAGAGCUCCAGCCUCAUACACUACCACUAAUGCAGCUAUAGUGCCAUUGAUGCAGGCUUACUGGACAAGUUUCAUCGUGUUCUUGGAUCCAAAUACCAAACGUCUUUCGUCGAGUCCGAAAUGGCAAACUUGGGGCGAUGAUGCAUAUCGCCGGAUAUUCAUUCGGACGGGCAAAACUAAAAUGGAGACUGUACCACAGAAGCAGAGGAGUCGAUGUCAAUAUUUGACGAGCAUUGGCGUUGCCUUGAGACAAUAG